AUGAUAGGUGAAAAAAGAAAAAGAAUUGAAUUAAUUAAUCUACAAGAAGUUUUGAAAGGUAGAAAAAGAAAUGUGAAUAAAGAAAAAGUAACAGUUAAAAAAACCAAAUCAAAACCAAUAAAAAAUUCAAAGUCAGCAAUAAUAACAACUAAAUUCAGUUGUGUUCCUACUACCGCCAUUACUACUAAAAGUCAAAGCAAAAACUUAAAAGCCCCAACAAAAACCAAACCAACAAUAGAAAAUGAAUUUAUAAAAGAAAAUGAUGAUAUUGAUUAUUCUGAAAAUUAUAAUUUAGAAAAAGGUUAUAAACUAAAUGGAUCUGCCCAAAUUGUAACAAACAAAGAAUGUGGUGAUAUGAUUAUUCAACUAACACCCUCAUUACAAGGCCAAGUUGGUUCAAUUUGGAGUAGAAAAAAAGUAACAAUAGAUAAUGGAUUUCAAUGUGAAUUUACAUUUAAUGUCUCAAGAAGAGGUGCUGAUGGAUUUGCUUUUAUUCUUCAAACAAAUGGAAUUAAUGAAAUUAAGCAAAUUGGGGGUGAGUUGGGCUAUAAUCAAAUGGCAAAUGGUGUAAUUGCAAUAGAAUUUGAUACAUUUCAUAAUCGAGAAAUGGGUGAUCCUUAUUAUAACCAUAUCUCAAUACAAAGACCAACUCCAAACCAAUCCCUAUCAACUAAUCAUCAAUAUUCGUUGGGUUCUUAUCAUUCCAAUUCAAUUAAUAAUGGUGUUGAUCAACGUGUAAAAAUAAUUUACAAUUCAGAGAAUAAAGAAAUCGAAAUUCUCAUUGAUGGUACAAUCAUUUUAAAAGGUAUCAAAAUUCCAUACACUUUUCCUAAAUAUGCAUAUUUUGGAUUUACUGCUUCAACAGGAAAGCAAAAACAAAUCCAUCAAAUAAAAGGUUGUAGAUUUAAUUCAGUUUUAAAUUAA